AUGGAGGAAUAUUCAGCAGCAGCGGCAGCAGCAGCUUCAUUGAUCAGCAGGAAUGAGAGUCCAGACCAACAACUAGAGAAGGUGGUGGUCUCCCCUCAAAAGCCUGUCGACUCUAUGAAUAUAAUAUAUAGUUGGAUGGUCUCAAUGAUAGCCAGUGUUCUAAGCUUCAAUGGAAGUAGCAACAGCAACAGCAGUAGUAGUAAUAGUACACAACAACAAGAAGAAAUAGAAUUGAUAAAGGAUAAUAACAACUCAAUAAUCAAAACAAGUACAACAACAUCAUCAACAUCAAUGUCCAAGAACAAGACAAGGAUGGUAUCAAAAGAACAUAUAAGUGCAUCGCCAGACGAAGCAGAACAAAGACAACUUCAAGCCAACGCGAAUGUGAUGAGCUUGUUCUCUGUGUACAAUCAGAACUUGGUGUUGCCCGUGUCCAAAAAGACACUGAUCCUCGACCUGGACGAGACGCUCGUCCACUCGACACUCACGCCCGUCAGCCACCACCACUUGACGGUCAACGUGCUGGUCGAGGACAUUGAGUGCACUUUCUACGUGAUCAAGCGACCCCACGUCGACUACUUCAUCGAGAAGGUGUCCAAGUGGUACGACCUGGUCAUAUUCACAGCCAGCAUGAAGGAGUACGCCGACCCGCUGCUCGACCAGCUGGACCAGAGCCACGUGCUCAAGAAGCGACUGUUCCGCGAGUCCUGUCUGGAGAAGGACGGCAACUUUGUCAAGGACCUCUCGCUCAUCCAUCAAGACCUGGCCACAACGAUCAUCAUUGACAACUCACCAAUUGCCUACUCCAACAACAUUGAGAACGCACUGCCCAUCAACAACUGGAUGGGCGAUGACCCCAUGGACGAGUCACUGCUCAACCUCCUUCCCUUCCUGGAGGUCUUGCAGUAUGUCAACGACGUGCGAUCCAUCCUCUCCUUGCGAUUCAACAAAUAA